AUGGGUAAUGUCUGUCCACCAGGAGGGAAAAAGAGUCGGAGCCAAGCCAAAUAUCUUCCCGAUCCUCGUCCUUCAAUUCAGAUCACUCAUGAUCAUGUGACCCUAGAUGGUUUCAGUUCAACUGGUGGUGCUACUUCUCCAACAAGACCCUUGCCAACAUUGCCUUUGAAAAACAGAGUGCGAGCAUUGUACAACUUUGAAGCAAUCAAUGAAGAUGACUUGUCAUUCAAGAAAGGAGACCUUCUGGAAGUUGAAGAUUCAACUUUAGAAACAGAUGACUGGUGGCUGGCAACACAUUGUAAGACACAUAAAAAAGGAUAUAUUCCAAGCAAUUAUGUUAUCAAAGAUGGCACCUCACCACAGACGCAAGACUGGUGGUUUGAGUAUGAUAGGAAAGAGUCUGACAAGAUGUUGUUGUUACCAGGCAAUCCACAGGGAACAUUUUUAGUUAGAGAAGCCACAGAUAAGUCUUCAUAUGUGCUGUCUGUACGUGACAGUGAUAAGGCAAAUGGUGAGCCAUGUGUCAAACAUUACCGUAUUCGUAAGAUGGAUAAUGGCGGUUUCUACAUUAGUGCCAAGAAAACAUUUGACAGUCUCAUUGAUGUUAUCAACCACUAUAGAGAUAAUUCCGAUGGCUUAUGUUGUCGGCUUGUCGCUGCCUGUCCUCGUAUUAGACCUGUUGUACAAUUCAGAGACUUAGAAAUCAGUAGAGAAGCAGUCAAACUAACCAAUAAGCUUGGGGCAGGAUGCUUUGGGGAAGUUUGGAAAGGAACUCUAAGAAAAGUUGUGGAUGUGGCAGUCAAGACACUAAAACCUGGCACAAUGUCAUCAGAGGCAUUCUUGAAUGAGGCAAAGAUUAUGCAUAAAUUAACCCAUUCAAAGCUAGUGCAAUUGAUGGCUGUUGUGUCUGCCGAGGAACCAUUUUAUAUCAUUACAGAGUUGAUGGUCAAUGGAGCCUUGCUGGACUUCUUGCGGUCUGACCAGGGAAAGAAGCUCAAAUUUAAUAAUCUCAUUGAAAUGAAUUCACAGAUUGCUGAAGGCAUGGCAUAUCUAGAGAGUGUCAACUUUGUGCACCGAGAUUUGAGAGCUGCCAACAUUCUGGUUGGUGAACAUUAUGAUGUUAAAGUUGCUGAUUUUGGCCUGGCUCGGAUUUUGGAAUCUGAAGACAAUGUUUAUGAAGCAAAUGAAAACACAAAGUUCCCAAUCAAAUGGACAGCUCCAGAAGCUGCACUAGAAAGGAAAUUCAGCAUCAAGUCAGAUGUGUGGUCUUUUGGAGUCCUCAUGUAUGAGAUCAUCACCUAUGGCAAAGUACCAUAUCCUGGCAUGGCAGGCUCAGAAGUGCUGCAGAUGGUAGAAAAAGGUCGUCGGAUGAGCAAACCCACUAACGGACCAAUUGAAGUGCCCGAUUCAUACUUUGAUAAGAUGCUCAAGUGCUGGAAUCGGAACCCCGAGGACAGGCCAACUUUUGAAAGUCUUCGCUAUUUCUUCGAUGAUUACUUUGUCAGUGUUGAACCCAACUACAGAGAUAUGGAUGAAAUGUAG